CGCCGCAGCCGCCGCCUCUUCCCCCGCCGCUCCCCCUCCUCUCCGCCGCUGCCCAUGGCUUCCAGCCGCCCCUGCUGACCGGCCGCCCCUCGUCUCCUCCCGAGCCGGGCCGGGCCGGGGCCGGGGCCAGGCAGAGAAGAUGGGGAACACCACCUCCUGCUGCGUCUCCUCCAGCCCCAAGCUGCGCAGGAAUGCCCACUCCCGGCUGGAGUCCUACCGCCCCGAGGCCGAGCUGAGCCGGGAGGACACGGGCUGCAACCUGCAGCACAUCAGUGACCGGGAGAACAUCGACGAUCUGAACAUGGAAUUCAACCCAUCAGAUCAUCCACGGGCCAGUACGAUAUUUCUCAGUAAAUCACAAACAGAUGUGAGAGAAAAACGCAAGAGUCUCUAUAUAAACCACCAUCCUCCUGGGCAAUUGAGAAGGAAGUACAGUUCCUGUUCCACUAUUUUCCUGGAUGACAGCACAGUCAGUCAACCAAACCUCAAGUAUACCAUCAAAUGUGUAGCUCUUGCAAUAUAUUACCACAUCAAAAACAGGGACACAGACAGAAGAAUGCUCUUAGAUAUUUUUGAUGAAAACCUUCAUCCCCUUUCGAAAUCCGAAGUGCCACCAGACUAUGACAAACAUGACCCGGAGCAGAAACAGAUUUACCGCUUUGUUCGGACGUUGUUCAGUGCUGCUCAACUGACUGCUGAAUGUGCCAUUGUCACCCUGGUAUAUCUUGAAAGACUUUUAACUUAUGCAGAAAUAGAUAUCUGUCCAGCAAACUGGAAGCGAAUUGUACUGGGUGCAAUUCUGCUGGCAUCCAAAGUUUGGGACGACCAGGCAGUGUGGAACGUGGAUUACUGCCAGAUCCUGAAAGAUAUCACGGUUGAAGACAUGAAUGAGCUGGAACGCCAGUUUCUCGAGCUGUUGCAGUUCAAUAUUAAUGUUCCCUCCAGUGUUUAUGCCAAGUAUUAUUUUGAUUUGCGUUCCCUGGCAGAAGCAAAUAACCUGAGUUUUCCCUUGGAGCCUCUCAGCAGGGACAGGGCGUAUAAACUUGAGGCCAUUUCCCGCUUGUGUGAAGAUAAAUACAAGGACUUCAGGAAAGCUGCAAAGAAGCGGUCAGUCAGUGCUGACAAUCUGACUGUGGUUAGGUGGUCCCCUGCUAUUAUCUCCUAACACAGGAGACUGGAAUAUUCCUACAGAUGUACUGUUUCAUCCAUCCAUUUUUCUUGGGGCAGGAGUCUAAAGAAAAAAGACUUUUUUUUUAUUUUUAAAUCUGUCAAGCUGCCUUUACAGUGCCUCCCCAUCGUGUAGCACACAAGUAAAAUACCUUCUAGAAGAAGAAAUGGAGAAAUCGGUUUUUGGGAGAGAAGAUGGACAACAUUUUUUUUCUCACCUUUGCUAACAGCUUUACCCUUUUAUGAGGAAUCAGCAAAUUGGGUGCUUGGAAGAAGAAACAGAAAAAUGAAGUAGAGGCAGAGAAAUAGUUUAGAACUGUGCCAUUUUCUAAUAUGCUGUACUCAUGGAGACAAAUGGCAGCAUGAAAACAAACCAUGUGGUCAGAUGACUGUGCACGAGAGGAAUGAAAUUGGGAGAGUUCCAUCCUAAAAGUUUCUCUUAGUAUCUUUUAUUAUUUUCUGUUGUUCUUUGCAUUCCUCAUUGAUGCUUCCCAGGAUGAAUUCUUCCCCUUGCACAGCAGCAAAUACAAAGUCUGUAUUUACAGUAGCACAAGCCCCUGAAUAAAUAGUGUUGGAUUUUUUCACUGCACUUUUCUCUGUAUGCUGUCUUAUUAGCAUUAUUCUUCAUAAUUAUUAUGCAUAUGUUAUAUUUCUUGUAUGCCUUUUACUGUAUUUCAAGAGAGAGAACUUGACCAUAGUGCUGAACCAAAAGUGUGUACAGGGAUCAGAAGAUCUUUGUAAUUUCAUGAUGUGUUUUAUUUAUAGUAUACUUGGGUGUGUGUGCCUUCCUGAGUUCUUGGAAUCAUUUAUUUUUUCCUUAAUAUAAAGAUACAGUUAAUUAAAGUAUUCAGAUGAUUAUGAUAAGACUUGGGCCAAAUCUCUGAAAUUUGCAACAGAUCUUGUGAUCCUUUUUGCAGAUUUUCAUAGCACUAGAAGUUUAGCAGAAUUCAUUUUGCAGAAGGUUUAGUUUAGGUUUUUUUGGUUGGUUUUUUUUUUUGUAUGGCCUGACUAGUUCAUUCCUUCACCUCCAGGUCCAUUGUUGCAAGCAAUAUUCUCAAUUUUUAUAUGUUUACUUUAAAUCAAAGUGAAUCUGUUUGUAUAAAAUAAAAAAUAAAUAAAAAAUUGUUCCAGUGAGAAGGCCUGUAAGAGAAUAGAAAGGAAAUCUUAAUGAAGUAUUUGUCACAGAUAGUUUUGAUUUUAAAGCUAAAAUACAGCCCCUCAUGUUUUCCAGUGUAGGUGCUUAUAGAAAUUUAAAGUAACCGAACUGUGAACACCGAUUAAUAUUAAGCUCUUUGUUGUUACUAGUUUCCUCUUACUGUGACUGUUGCCCCUUGGAAUUUGUAAGAAUCUUUUAUAUAUCAUAACUUGUCAGCAUAAGCAUAUUUGCUUUAUAAUGCUCCAGGGUGGGAUUUUUGGUUGGUUUUGUUUGUUUGGUAGGCUGGUUGGGGUUUUUUGCACAGUUUAGAAAGAUUUAGCUGAAAAUUCUCAGUUCCCUGAAAUCCUUUCUCUGCAACUAUCACUGAAAUGAAUGGCAACAGACGUCCCUGAUUUAUGCACUACUGUGGUAAACCAUAAAGAUUCUGUAUUUGUUUUAUUAAGCCCUAUGGGCUUGUAGCAAACCACGGGGCCCCAGGAUGCACACUUGACUUCCAGUGCAAUGCUAAUUGGAUGCCUCUGGGUGGGGAGGCUCUGACACGAUUGAAGUAGUAAUACCAAACCUUGCUAAUGUGAUUUGUGUAGUUUGAGACAUGAAGGUUUUGUCCAUAAAUUCUCCACAUGUCCUUUGGGCCUUUAAAAUAAUCUAAUUCUCAUCACUUCUCCUUGUUGUGCCAUUGCAUCAGAACUGUGAGUAUCCAAGUCCAUUUUUCCCAUGAAUGUGGAAUGUAAGGAAAGUCUUUAUAACAAUACAAAUGCAAAUCACAGCAUUUGAAACCUCUUUACAGAUAGUAUCAAAAGGAAUGCUUUCAGAGUAUUUGAAAUUCAUCCUUUGUAAGCAUAAAUUUAGGCUUUAAAAAUAUGUAAAAUAUUUUGAUUUAUCAACACUUUGCUAAACUAUUUUCCAUUUAACUUGAUAUCAGGAAUAUUGGGUUUAUCCAUUUCUGGGUGAUAGAGAUAGAAACUUUGGAUUAUGUAAAGAUCUCAAUGCAUCUACUAUAAUUUUUGUGAAGUUUAUUAAACUACUUUAAAGAUUGUAUAGUCUAUUUAUUGUAUGUAUGUACAUACAGUCUGAUACUUUAAAAAGUGGAUUCCGUAAAACCUGGCUCAGUCUUGUUUAGACUAUUGAAUAUCGUUUUAGCCUUGUGCACUGGACUCUACCUCUGUAUAGGAGAAUUUUCCAUAUUCUUAAUUAGUACUGAUUCUGUGAUUAACUUGGUUAUGUUUCUUGCACUAAGAAUUAAAAAAAAAAUCUACUGUAAGCGUGGAUUUUUUUCUUUAGUUUAAGUUUGCCAUAUGAAUCCUCUACAUUUUGAUGGAUGUUUCUUUCCCAAAUGGUAAUAGAAUAAAUCUUUGCUUUUUUGUUCUGGUUUGUUCCAGGGUUGCCAAAAAAUACCUGUCAGUAAAUCUUAAUGAGUGUCUUUUGUUUGCAAGGUGUUCUAUGCCAUGUAAUUAAAAAUUAAUUAUUCUUUAGGAUUA